AUGUCCCCACAAAAGAGAGUACUUGUCACCUGUGCUACAGGCAACCAAGGCCAAGGUGUCGUGCACCAUUGCCUCGCUGCAGGGCACUCAGUAUAUGCAUACGUACGCAAUCCCAAUUCACCUGCGGCGAUUCAGCUUGAGAAAUCGGGAGCCAAACUUGUCACUGGGGAUCUGGAUGAUUUUGAAGCUCUGCGUCUAGCCUCGCAGGGUAUAGACACGGUAUUUCAUACAGAGGUGCAGACAGGGGACUGGGCUGGGGACUUGGAACGGAGCAAUAAUGUCAUCGAGGCAGCGCGUACCUCGGCUACAGUGUCCAAUUUCAUUCUUUCAACGGCCAUCAAAACAGGCCAACAUGAGUCAUUUCCGGGCUGGGGGCCUGAACAUCCGAUGCGACAGUAUUGGCUGAACAAACAUGCCCUUGAGAGUCGGGUCCGUGACGCUGAAUACCCACACUGGACGAUUAUACGUCUGGGCCACUUCUUGCAAAAUCUAAUAUUCCCCUUGAGCGCUAUCACUUUUCCCGGCUUCAAAAACGACCGGGUCUUACGCGUUUCGUGGAGGCCGGAUACAAAGCUUCCAUGGGUCGAUGCGGGGGAUGUGGGCAUUGUGGCGGCAGCGGCGGCAUCAGAUCCAGAGAGCUAUACUCAUAAGGAAAUAGACCUUGCUACCGAGGCGCUUACUGUCGAACAAUUGGGUGCAAAGCUAAGCAAGGCACUUGGAAUGGAUGUGAAGGUUCAUUAUUUGUCGAAAGAGGAAGUGGAAGAAAUGAUCAAGGGAGGAAGUCCUGUGCCAGCAGCGCAUCAAUGGGCAAACCAAGUGCCAGCGGGAGAUGCCGCUGGAAAGAUCAAAGGACUCUCUCUGACAUCUGUGGAUCAAUUUCUGGCAGAAAAUGCGAAUUUGAUUUGA